GUUCGCAAUAUCUUCGAAUGGGCUCCCACGCAAAUGUAACGUCCCUCGUACUCCGUCACAGUGUGACCAUUUAGAACCGCGUCCAGAAUCCCCAGGCUGUCCGUGCGCGUGCAAUAUCCAUUCCAGCUCCGGCCACUCUACGCUUUAUUUUCCGCAAAAAUUGUACAUUUAUGCAGAUUUCCAUAUUUUUUCGACAAUUUACUGUGUUUCUAAAGUCCAAAAUAACGCACACACACGCGGCAACACAAAUAAGAGUCAAAAAUGUUUCGCUAUCAUGGUUUUAAUAAGUAAUUUCUGUGUGAAAGUGUCUUCUCCCACAACCGGCGAGACUUCGAUGCGAAUCUUUUUGCCAAAUUAGAAACAAUAUCGUGGAUAUACCAUGCACGCGAUCGAGAACACGUGCCGCCUGUGCCACCGCGAGGUCGAACCCGACUCCCCCAACAUCUUUGAGAACUCCCUGGAGUUCUGCAAGGAAUUGUCCAUUGCAGAGAUCUCGCAGCAUCUUUGGGACGUUCACUACGAGCGCCAUGAGAUCUUACCAGAGCUGGCAUGCCCAGAGUGCCUGGAGCUAUUGCUCGACGCAUUCGAGCAACGUAAGGGUAUGCAGGAUCGAGAGCAGGGCCUGCAGGACCAGUUAAAGGAGAUGAUGAAGACGGAUCCCAAGUACAGACCCGGCUUUAAUGGCAAUCCUGGAUUUGUGGCGGAUGAGGACUGCCAAAUUGUGGAAGUAGAUGCGGAAAAGCUGUCGGAGACAAGUGAUGAUGAAUUUAUGGCUUGCUCGGAGGGAGAUUACGAAAACUUCGAGGAAGAUGAUGAGGAAGAGGAGGAGGAUUUUGAUGAGGAGGAAGAGGAAGAGGGUCAGAAUGGCGAUGAUGUGGACAUGCCCCUAGGCAUGGACGCCGCUCAGAUGGCGGCUAUGGAGGCGGGCAUGAAAGCCAACAAUGUCAAUGCCGAUCCCAACUCUGGGGCGAUGAAACCUAAACGAGCCUUCCUCUGUCAGUAUUGCGAUCUGGGCUUCACCUUGCCCUCCGACUGCCAGCAGCACGAGAAAAGCGCCCAUGACCCAGCAGAGCCGUACUGCUGCACCUUCUGCAACCUUCGGAUGACCGCCCGAACCGCUCUGAUUUCGCACAUCAAGUCGUUGCACGAUCCCGAUCGUCCGUAUGUGUGCACACAAUGCCGAAAGGGAUUCGUGCGCCGUUCCGACUUGAAGAAGCACACGAUUGUGCACACAGGCGUGCGGCCCUAUACCUGCAACGUGUGCUCAAAGAGCUUCUCGAGGAACACUAAUCUGAACAAGCACAUACGCAUUCACAGCGGCGUAAAGCCCUUUGUUUGCCAGCAGUGCCCUCGAUCCUUUCAGACGGCCGAGGAAUUAAUGAAGCACUCGCGCUCCCAUUCUGAGUUAAAGACUUACCAGUGUGGCCGAUGUCCAUACUCUUUUUCGCGCAAGGAUAAGCUGCUGGCCCACCAGCAAGUCCACACCAAGCAAGACAUUGAGCAGCAGCAGCAACAGCAAAUGGGACUAAUUCCGCCAGCGGAUGCCGACCUGGCGCAACUGCAUCAGCAGCAACAGCUACAGCUACAGCUUCAGGCCAAGCCAAAGGCUCCAACAAACUCAAAGUCCUCGCGCAAUUUCCAUUGUGAUGUGUGCGACAGAACUUUCCAAAGAGAGCGUGACCUGCAGCGCCAUAGAGCCCUACACAUGGACACACUGUUUGCCUGCAAGAUUUGCAACCAGGGAUUCAAUCGGCGAGAGCAACUGCAGCGCCAUGAACUGGAGGCUCAUGGGCCCAGCUUUACCUGCGGUAUCUGCUGCAUCAACUUUCUGUAUCAGGUUGAGCUGGAGAACCAUCUAAAGGUCCAUCAACUGCAGCACAAAAUGGCGCAGAGUGCCCAAGAGGCGAUUAAUGCCGCCGCUAGUUUGCCCCUCAAGAAGAUCGAUCAGGUACCAGUGGCUGUAAUACCUCCAGUGAUUCAGCCCUCGGCAGCUGAACUCUCAUUCUACAGCAACAUGAUUCCAACCAUGAAUCUGGGUUUCUACAGCGAGACUCGUCCGGAGGAGUAGAACACAACAUAGUAAGUAGCUUGCAAAGUUACUACUUAGAUGGUAAGAAUAAUAUAUAUAUAUUUACUUGGGGUUUCAUCGUAAAGAUUCGUAGCCAAAUAUACUUGGCCAAACAGAAGUUUGUAAGCAAAAUCAGGAUUA